CCGUUGAUUCUGCGAUGAGCGCCACCGACACACCCUUGUGCUUGAUCAACGCCUACGGCCAAUUGGGCGACAAUGACAAGGUGACAGCGUGGUACGGCAGCAAGAGACGAUCGCUGCAAGAGGCCCAACAGCAGCAGCAGCAGUUGUAUCAGCAGCCGGAGAGCUCGCCACCGCCCUCCUUCCAUCAUCAUCACAGUCAUCAUCUCCACAAUCAUCCGCGACACGGUCACAAGAUGGCGAAGGGCGCGGAGAGACUGCCCGGCACCAACACCAGGAUCAGGACGCGCGACGACGGCUGCUGCUCCGUCAACUUUCUCAAAUACGUGCUGCACAUCUACAACGUCGUUCUCUUCCUCUCCGGCAUCGUGGUAGGUGGAAUCGGAAUCUGGACGGUGAUCGCCAAGCACAGUUACAUAUCGCUGAUGGCGACCUCGACCUAUCCCUUCCUGGCCUACGCGCUCAUAGUCGCCGGCGGACUGGCGAUAAUCGGCAGCUGGCUCGGCUGCGGAGGAGUCACGUCGGAGAAUCGUUGCGUCAUACUCGUGUACAUCUUCGUGGUGAUGGGCGUGCUGAUACUCGAGGCGGGAGUCGGCACACUGGCCCGAUUGUACGAGGAACAAGUGGGCCCGGAGCUGCGCAUGAAUCUCAAUCGCACCUUCCUCGAGAACUACUCUUUGAGGUCCAGAGAGACAGCGGCCAUCGACCAGAUGCAGAAAGAGUUCAAAUGCUGCGGCGCCGUCAGAUUCGAGGACUGGUUAUCGAGCGAGUGGUUCAAGGACGAGGAGGUGCAGAGAAACGGAAGUCUCGUGCCCGACAGCUGCUGCAAAACGCCCAGCUACUUAUGCGGAAAACGAGAUCAUCCGUCCAAUAUACAAUACACGGGCUGCAUAUACAAAUUUCUGGAGACGACGAAGGAUCACUUGAUAAUACUGGGAGCGGUCGGCCUCGGUCUCUCGGUACUCGAGGUGUUCGGCAUCAUUCUCGGCUCGUGCCUCUACAUUAAGCUGCGUCACGACUUCGACGACUGAGAAUUACUUUACGUCGAGGCGAACAACAACAACGGCCACUCAUGGUGCCGUUAUGCCCAAGAAGAUCCCGCCUGAUAGAGGGUCGGAUAGUAGCGCGAUUCCUCUCGGUCCCUUUAAAGCGAAGAAGAAAAAAAAUAGCCAAGAUAGUGCCAAACUCGGUGGCGUAUAUACGUCGCGCGCUCGAUGUAUUUGCCCAAGCGAAGCAAUCGAAGAUGUCGUCGUCGUUGCUGCUGUUCUGCCGCCGAGGCUUCUUGACUACAUCAGAGAUAUAGAGAGGACCGAGAGAUGGCUAAAGUUUGUACUCGCGCUACUAUGCUAAAGCUGCUACCAACACUACUAAUGCUCACUACUACUGCAACUUCUACACCUACGAAACUACUACUUGCUAACCACUACUACUACUACCAUUACUACUACUGUUACAAUAAUGUAUACGUAUCACGGUAAUGUUUAUACAGCCUUCGAGAAGCGAAAACGACCCUAGGAUAUAGCUAAAUGGACGUAGAUAUAUAAAUAUAUACUAUAUAUUAUAAUGUUGCGAGAGAAAAAUAAAUUGUAGAUUACUUCGAACAUGAUUAUUGUCAAUUUUUAAUCGUUAUCUUGGGAUUAUUUUGAAAAUCGAUAUCCAUUGGAAUUUUCAACCAGAGAAUGGAAACUGUAUUAAUUGAAUUUCAAAAAAAACUUUUAAUCGUUUACAAAAGAUAUAUUUCUAAUGAAGAGUUAAAGAAUGACAAUCAUGUAAAUAUUUACGAGGGCAUGGAAAAUCGUGUGCCAGGAAAUUUUUCAUAAGUUCUCUGCGAGCAGAGGAAACGAGACCAAAGUAUAUGUUCUAAAAUCUCUUUUAUCGCUCUCAAAUCAACAUUCAUCAAAUUUUGAUCCGAGACACGAAAAUUGUUUAGAACAAUGUAACGCGUAUUCGAUAUGGUUAUUAAAUACCACAUGAUCAAUGAAAAACAUGAAAUGGCAUUGCAACAAUAUAUUCUUGAUUGCUGAUUGUAUACUGCCAUUUUCUUAACUGCUUGUAAUUGCACAAUUUUAUAAUUAUUGUAAAAAUUGUAGAGGUCAACCAGUCACAGUUCAGAAAUACAUUUUGCAGUUUAAAUUGAAAAAAAAUCAAGUGUUGAUUUCGAGAACGUUAUAAAUAUAUAUUUGAAAAGUAUGUAAAGAUAGAUUUAAAAGUAUGAAAAAUAUAUAUAACAAAUAUAUUUGAAUCGUAGUAAGUAGGUUCAAGAGCACAAUGAGUGAAUAAUAUGAUAAUUUUUUAAAGAAGAAAAUUUGAAACUAUGAAAUUCUAUAGUAAACAGCUAAUAUAUCUAAAGCAAGAAAACUUAUAUUUCUAAUGUCAACCCAAAAUUAUUUUUAUGGAACAAAAAAAUGGAGAUUAUUUUAUAAAUGUUAUUGUGAAUAACAUCAUGUGUACAGUUUUCAAUGAUUCGCAUAAUUUUCAACGCUAUCGUUUAACUGUGCGAGUAAAAGAAUAUUAAAAAACGAAUAUUAUUUGCGCGGGCGUUUGUUUACGUACGGUGAAAGUCCAAAGGAUUUUCGCAGAGGCCCAUACUAGUCAAAAGUAAAUCAUUUGAAGUUGUAAUAAUCUCCGUAUGAUAAAUAUCUAUAUGUAUAUUUGUUUUUGCAUGUAUAUGUAGAUGGGAAAUGAAAUCUCAAUGAUUACGAGAAAGUCACUUGUUGAUUCAAAAAAAUGUAGCAUUCUCUAUAUUCAAUUUAACUAUCUAUGUUUAUUUCAAAAAUUCGAGUUUACACAUAAAUGUCUCGAAUGUACGCUCAGAAUUUGUUCGUUUAUUUAAUUUUAGACACGUAAUACCGAAAGAAUUAAAAUAUGAAAUUCACAGCUGAGCUGAAAUUAUAUUCUAUAUAACAUAAAUUUUGUGAUGAAAAUAACCGUAAUUAUUUAGCUGCUGAUAGCUAACGAACCCUAAUCAGUGCCUUAUUAUGCAGUAAGUCAAUGUUAAUGUAAGCUAAUGUAAUGUACAGAUUACAAAGAUUUAUCAAAAAGAAUUAUUAUCGAAAUUUUAAGAAUUUAACUUUUACACAGUAUUAAUUUCGACUUCUUUCACAAACGGAGCACUAUGCACAGAUAUUGAGUACGCUUUAGCCUUUACAAUUAUUAUAUCUACUUUUAAAUGAUUGUUUCGAAUUACCCCAUUUGUCAAUGGCUAAUAGUCAAAAAAUUAAUAUUUAUCAUAUAUGUUAGAAAAAUAUGAAUGCAAUACUGUUGAAUUUUUACUAGAAUUAUUUGUAUGAUCGUCGAAAAAAUGAAUUAAGGCGUUAUCAUGCUUUUUGCCUCAGCAAAUUAAUAUAUGAAAUAUAUGCUAGUUAUAAGUUAUUAGAAAAUCUAUAAAUAUUGUACAUAUCAGACGAUAUUCUGUUAUAAAUAAAAAAAUAUAUAAAAUUGACCAAAAA